GCUGUGUCCAAUAAUCUACAGGCAAACACUUUAUGUAUAGCUCACAGAACAACCAAUCUACAUCGAUGGUCCCUAUGAACCAUAUAUAUUGAGUAUUCGCAUAAGACCACAUGUUACCAGAGUGAGCCGCAUUAUGUGGCCGGGUGUGACGUCCAAUUCAUUGGGAUGUCACCCACCACCGUCCUCAUGACGGAGAACGGCGUGUCCAAUCCGGAUCCACUAGAUGGAGCCGACUACGAUCCAAUAGACCACCUUAAUGCCAUCUUCUCUCACCCCUCCGCCCUCGCAUCAGUAUACAAAACAUCCGAAGCGCUCCAAACGUACCAAGAUGAGCUCGACAGUGAUAUCGCUUCGCUCGUCGAACGACAAGCUGCUUCUAAUGCAGAAAGCGUGCAGCGAGUACAAACAGCAAAAACAGACAUGACUGAACUAUUUAAGAAGAUUGAUGACGUCCGCGAGCGGGCUUUAAAGACAGAACAAGCCAUCACAGAGAUGACAGCGGAGAUUAAACAACUGGAUAAUGCGAAGAAGAACUUAACUCUGUCGAUGACGGCAUUGAAGAGACUGCAAAUGCUCACUAUUGCGUACGAGCAAUUGAAAGCGCUGAGCAAAUCAAGGCAAUAUCGCGACUGUGCGCAGCUACUGGCUGCUGUGAUCCAGCUUAUGGCCCACUUCAAGUCGUAUAGAUCCAUUGAUCAGAUUGCUACACUGAGCCGUAAUGUGGCUGAUAUUCAGCGAGAGCUACUCGAGCAAGUGUGUGAAGAUUUCGAGAUUAUAUUUGCAAAGGGGGAGAUCCCGCAAAGGAAGGGCGUAUUGACCGAAGGCUGUUUGGUUAUGGAAGUCUUCGGGGAUAUGGCCAAAUCAAGGUUAAUAACCUGGUACUGCAACACGCAACUGAGAGAAUAUCGCCAGGUGUUUCGAGGGAACGAGGAAGCAGGGUCGUUAGAUAAUAUCUCGAGAAGGUAUUCUUGGUUCAGAAGAAUGUUAAAAACGUACGAUGAAGAGCAUGCGUCAAUAUUUCCUCCUUCCUGGAAAGUCGGCGAAAUCCUAGCAAAUGUGUUCUGUGAAGGGACGCGGGAAGAUUUUAAAGGGAUCCUAUCCCGAUCAGUUCGAAGUGGGCAAACGUUGGACGUUAACCUUCUCCUUUCUUGCCUGCAAACGACCCUCGAUUUUGAACAGUCCCUUGACAGGCGAUUCACCUCGCAAUCUCGUGCGUCUUCCGACACAUUUACAUCGAGUGAAUCUCCUGUAUUUGGCCAGUCGAUAUCUGAAGCUUUUGAACCGUACCUUAGCGUAUGGAUCGAAGCUCAGGACAAACAGCUAUCUGCGCUGAUACCGAAAUAUCGACAACAACCAAUAAAACCUCCAGAUGAGGAGUUUACGUCACGCCUAGUUAUUCCUUCUUCUACCGAACUCUUCACAUUUUAUCGACAAUCCCUCGCACAGUGUGCGAAAUUAUCCACCGGUGCUAGUUUAUCAGAGCUGUCGAAGCUAUUUGCAAAAUAUUUGGAUCAAUAUGCCCAGCAAGUGCUCUUGUAUUUCGUCACUGAACGCGCAAGUGGACAGACUCCUUCCAAAACUCCCUCUUUAGAAGACCUGAUACUUGUCUUAAACACAGCCGAUUACUGCUACUCCACAUGCAACCAGCUCGAAGAUAAAAUUAAAGGACGGAUCGACGAGCGCUUUAAGCAAAGUGUCGACCUACAGAGCCAAGCCGAUGCUUUUAUGGGCAUUGCCAGUUCAGCUGUACGCGGACUGGUGCGAAAAGUCGAAGUUGGAUUGGAACCAUCGUGGAAAGAGAUGCGAAAUACAGCCUGGAACAAGUUAGAAACCGUCAGCGACCAGAGCUCCUUUGUUGCAGUAUUGUUAAGCAGUGCCAAGUCACAAUCUGAGGAAAUCCUAAAAAUGCUGCAUAAGCAGCAGUAUGCGCGAGCAUUUGCUGAUAAUUUCGUGGAGCACCUUUCAAGCACCUACAUGGCUAAUAUCUUCCAGUGCAAGCCCGUAUCAGAGACUGGUGCUGAGCAAAUGCUCCUUGACGCUUACACAAUAAAAAGCGGAAUCGCCAAUCUUCUCUCGCCCCCACCAGCCGGAUUCACCAAGCGACUCAACACAUCCUUCCAAAAAGUCGACCCUCUCCUCAAGACUCUCCAAGUCCGAGCCACCCCGCCGGAAGCCCUGGUACAGGCUUAUCUCAUUCACAUCGCUGACCGAAGCGACACAAACUUCAGGAGAAUCCUCGAAGUCAAAGGAAUCCGAAAUAAACAGGAACAAAACCAACUCGUGGAACUGUUUCAAAUCCACAAAUCGUCCGACCGCCACGCAUCCAACCUACAACAAAACAAUCCGCUCUUCACACAGUUUCAGCCCCCGGCGCCGUCGUCCACCGCCCCCUCCUCCUCUGUAUCCCAAGGCCUGGGUUUGAGCAACCUAGGUGGAGCUGGCGGCACCUCACUAGCAACAGGCGCUCUUCCAGGCCGAUUCGAUGCUUCAAGCCUCGGCUCUGCUCUCAUAUCCGCAGCCAGAGAUGGUGUAGAUAGGCUGGGGACUCCUCUUGUGGGUGGCUCUGCCGUUGGCGGCUCCGGUAUUCCCACAGCGACCUCCCCACCAGGGACGGGGACUCCGGUGGUCGGUUUAGGGGCAAGCUUAGGGCAUCGAGGGGACGGUAUAGAAGGUACCGGACUGGGGUCAACGAACCUGAAUGAGAAUCUCAAAAAUAUUGGAAAGUUCUUUCGGAGGGAUUUGGGUGGACUAGGUGGACGGUUUGGGAAGAGUGGGGAUGAAGGUGGGGGAAAGUAGACUUGGAAAUGGGGACAGUAGAUGAACACAUUUUGGGAUAUGUUGUUUAUGUUGUUUACUCCAAGCAAUGUGGGGGAUAGGGGAAUCGAUUGGUUGUACUGUACGUAGCGGGAGGAUAGGGAGACGGAUAUUGCCGCGCUUGUAUUUAUAUGCCAGUGAUAUAACCUGAUGCAAAUUUGACUAUUGAUAUAUUGUUGUUCAUGUUCCUAGCAUCGUCCCGUGCCCGAUUGUGAUGACCCCUCCGCAUUUACCGCUUUCUUCCUGAAUACGUUCCCUCGCAUUAUACUGGAAACGGAUACCAGAACGCCACAGAUAUAAAUAACUUGCUAUAUGAAACGAUGAGAUUCGGACCCUCCAGUUACAGUAAGUCACAUAUGUAGGGAACAAAGGUAUGUAUGUG